GAGGCUCGCAAACUGAAUCCAUGGGGACUCCAUGGAUUCUCUGUGCCCUGGCAUCCUGGGCGGGACGUGGGCCUUGCAGAUUUCACAUCUGGGAUAUCUCCCGAGCGUCACGCCCUGGAUCCAUCUUAGCUUUGAAGCUAAGCCUUGCACAUGUGCAGACUUCUCUCCUCUCCUGCCCCAGGCUGUGCACACGCCUAAGCAGCCAGGCCUCCAGCCUGAGUUCGGGGAAUACCAUCUUCGCGCUGAGCUCUGGCCAAGGCCGCUGCGCCAUCGCCGUGAUCAGGACGAGCGGCCCCGCCAGCAGCCAAGCGCUCCGGAGCCUCACAGCGCCCCAUGACCUGCCCCCCGCCCGCCGUGCCAGCUUGCGUCUGCUCCGCCACCCCCUCUCCGGGGAGCCGCUGGACCGCUCGCUCGUGCUGUGGUUCCCAGGUCCCCAGAGCUUCACGGGUGAGGACUGCGUGGAGUUCCACGUUCACGGAGGCCCCGCCGUGGUGAGCGGUGUCCUGCAGGCCCUGGGCAGUGUGCCAGGGCUGCGGCCAGCAGAGGCUGGAGAGUUCACCAGACGAGCAUUUGCCCAUGGUAAGCUGAGCUUGACAGAGGUGGAAGGUCUGGCAGAUCUAAUCCACGCAGAAACUGAGGCACAGCGGCGGCAGGCCCUGAGGCAGCUGGAUGGAGAGCUGGGACAACUGUGCUGUGGCUGGGCUGAGAUCCUUACCAAGGCUCUGGCCCAUGUGGAGGCCUAUAUUGACUUUGGUGAGGAUGACAACUUGGAAGAGGAUGUCCUAGAUCAAGUGGACAGCCAGGUGCAGGCUCUGGAGGUGGCACUCAGGACACAUCUGAGAGAUGCCCGGAGGGGGCAGAGGCUCCGCUCAGGGGCGCAUAUUGUGAUCACUGGACCUCCAAAUGCUGGCAAGAGCAGCCUGAUGAACCUGCUCAGCCGGAAGCCUGUGUCCAUCAUAUCCCCAGAGCCAGGGACCACUCGUGAUGUGCUGGAGACCCCUGUGGACCUGGCUGGGUUCCCCGCAUUGCUGAGCGACACAGCAGGAUUGCGGGAAGAUGUGGGGCUAGUGGAACAGGAAGGUGUUCGGCGAGCCCGAGAAAGAUUGGAGCAAGCUGACAUCAUUCUAGCUAUGCUAGAUGCCUCGAACCUGGCCUCUCCCUCCAGCUGCAACUUCCUAGAUACUGUGGUGGCCCCACUAGGAGCCCAGAACCCUGAUGGCAGCCACCAACGCCUCUUGCUAGUGCUGAACAAAUGUGACCUGCUGCCGCCUGAGGGUCUAGGCAGGGAUCCUGCCCUGCCCCCCUACUUGCUUCUGUCCUGCCUGACGGGAGAUGGACUGGAUGGCCUCUUAGAGGGACUGAAGAGGGAGCUGGCUGCAGUGUGCGGGGACCCAUCCACAGACCCACCACUGCUGACCCGGGCAAGGCACCACCAUCACCUCCAGGGCUGUCUGGAUGCUCUCAGCCACUACAAGCCUAACACAGACCUGGCCCUGGCUGCUGAGGCAUUGCGUGUGGCCCGAAGGCACCUGAACCACCUCAUAGGUGGAGGAGGCACCGAGGAGCUGCUCAAUGUCAUCUUCAGGGACUUCUGUGUGGGCAAGUGAAGGAGAGUCUGAGGACAGCUCAAGCCCCAUGCAACUCUCACAUGGAGGAAGAACUUGAUCCAAAGUGAUGGAGCCAAGAAGCUGCUUGUGGGGUCCUGAGAGUCCUGUGGGAACUGGCUAGGGACUCCAGCAUUUGGGCAGGCUGGGGGUGUAAGUGCAGGGAUAAUUUGGGUGGUUGUUUUUCUUUUUCUUUCUUUUUUUUU